GCAUCUCUGAGCAGUGGACUGCGUGACAGGGACCAUAAAAUGCGUUGAAAUUGUCUCCCCUAUUACUCUUGAUUUGCGAUGCGUUCCCUAUGGCUAUGAUAAAAAAGGAUUGUUAAAAGGUGGGCUGUCUUGUAAUUCUCGUUGGAGAUCCGGACUGUUUUGUCAAUGAGAAAUGUGGAGUCGCUCUAUCCAUCGGUGUUAACGCAGAAAAAUAGAAGAUGAAGAAGCAAUUCAAUAGAAUGCGACAGCUCGCCAACCAAACAGUGGGCAGAGCGGAAAAAACAGAAGUAUUAAGCGAAGACCUUCUACAAGUGGAGAAGCGGCUGGAGCAGGUCAAGCAGGUGUCCCACAGCACCCACAAGAAGCUGACCGCCUGUCUGCAGGGCCAACAGGGGGUGGAUGUGGAGAAGAGAUCUGUCAGAUCGCCCUCGAAAAAGCUACCCCUCACAACACUAGCACAAUGUCUGGUGGAGGGAGCAGCAGUGUUGGGCGACGACUCGCUACUGGGGAAGAUGCUGAAGCUGUGUGGUGAGACACAGGAGAAGAUGGCUCUGGAGCUCAUCCUGUUUGAGUUCACCAUUGAGAGAGACGUGGUGGAACCCCUAUACGAACUGGCGGAGGUGGAAAUCCCCAACAUCCAGAAACAAAGGAAACAUUUAGCAAAACUGGUUUUGGACAUGGACUCGGCACGCACAAGGUUCCACCAGUCCUCCAAGUCUGGUAUGUCCAGCAACGUGCAGCCAGGGGCCAAGGGCGAGCACCUCAGGGAAGAGAUGGAAGAGGCAGCCAAUCGAAUGGAGAUCUGUCGAGAUCAAUUAUCAGCAGACAUGUACAAUUUUGUGGCCAAAGAAAUUGACUAUGCAAGCUACUUUCAGACAUUGAUAGAGGUGCAGGCAGAGUACCACAGGAAGUCGUUAGAGCUCCUUCAGAAUAUUCUGCCUCAGAUCAAAGCCCACCAGGAGACCUGGGUGGAGAAGCCGUGCUAUGGGAAACCCUUAGAGGAGCACCUUGCUCUCAGCGGGCGGGACAUUGCCUUCCCCGUCGAAGCCUGUGUCACCAUGCUGCUGGAGUGUGGCAUGCAGGAAGAGGGCCUGUUCAGAGUAGCGCCCUCGGCCUCCAAACUGAAGAAGCUCAAGGCGUCUCUAGACUGUGGGGUGAUGGACGUGCAGGAGUACUCUGCAGACCCUCACGCCAUCGCAGGUGCUUUGAAAUCCUACCUACGGGAACUCCCUGAGCCACUGAUGACCUUUGAACUUUAUGAUGAAUGGAUCCAAGCUUCUAACAUUCAAGACCAGGACAAGAGACUCCAAGCCCUCCUCACAGCCUGCGAGAAGCUACCCCUGGCCAAUGGCAACAACUUCAAGUAUUUAAUCAAAUUCCUCGCCAAGUUAGAUGACUACCAGGAUGACAAUAAAAUGACUCCUGGGAAUAUUGCAAUAGUCUUGGGUCCCAACCUGCUGUGGACAACGCAGGAAGGGAACAUUACAGAGAUGAUGACCACUGUGUCCCUGCAGAUUGUAGGCAUCAUUGAGCCCAUCAUCCAGCACGCUGACUGGUUCUUCCCUGGAGAGAUUGAGUUUAAUGUCACAGGAAACUAUGGCAGCCCGGUCCACACCAACCACAACGCCAACUACAGCUCCAUGCCCUCUCCGGAUAUGGACCAUUCCGAUCGCAAGCACAAUGACCAGAGCCGACGUCCGCUCAGUGUGGCCACUGACAAUAUGAUGCUAGAGUUCUAUAAGAAGGAUGGCAUGGGGGUCAGGGUGAUGGACACUUCUUGGGUGUCGCGCAGGGGCUCGUCGUCAGUGCGUAAAACCUCCUCCACCCCGAGUAUGCAACCCCCCCUCCCUCCCUCAGACGCUCUCAUACCUGAGCAGGGGGAGCUCUCUGCGUCCCCCUCACCAACACCUCCUCCCGCUGGCAGCGACCGUGCCAGUACUCUGAUGAACAAAGAGCUCUCUCCAGUGAUUGGACAGAAGGGCUUCCAGGGAACAGCACCCUCUGGUGGGCCAUCACAGCCCUCUUCUGAACAUAGCCCUCACACCCUGAGAAGAGCUAAGAAGCUGGCCCCCAUCCCACCUAAGCACUACUCUCAGUCUGGGGGAAUGUCUGACCAGUCCACGGGUCAGCCCUCUCCAGUCAGCCUGUCCCCCACCCCUCCUAGUACCCCUUCCCCGUAUGGCUUUGGCUACCCUCAGGGCUACGCCACCAUCGGCUCUCCGGGACAGGCCCAGACCGCCACCCUCUCCUCCCCUCCCUCGCUAGCCGGCACCCUCACCAAGGCCAGGCCCACUCCCAAGCCUCCCAGGCAGAGGCCCAGCCUGCCCCCACCGCAGCCCCCCAGCACCCCUGGCUCCAGCCCCCAGCCCCUGGAGCACAGUGGUGUCCUGCUGGAUGGAUUGUCUCCUGGGGAGAGCAUGUCCACAGACUCUUUCUGCAACCUGGAUAUCCCCAUCAUCAACGUGGAACUGGAUGGCAUCUUCGAUGAGCCUAAGAUGGUCCCCUACAGGAACUCAGUGGCGGUGGUCCAGCCUACCCCCAAGACAGAGUCAGAGGAAGAGUCUGAGAGCACGAUACUAUGACAUAACGAAUUUCCACCUCCAGCCCUACUAUUCCAGCCUGUUCCCAGGACCCGUUCUCUGACCUUUGACCCAAUGGGACUCACUCCAGACCUCACAUCCACUCAUAGAGACCAAACACCGGGGUCAGCCCUGUAAAACAAAGUUAAUCUUAUAACCUGAAAUAUAUAUGAAUACAGAAAAUACAUACAGUAUAUCCACAUCCAGAGAGUUUCUCUCUGAGACUGUGGGGGGAGGAACUUUUGAUACACAGAAUCGGACACGAUGCUUUGUUUUUAUGUUGACUGGAUUCCUUUGAUUCUGUCUGUGGUGCAUUCAAUUUUAAGAAUUUUCUUUUUCAACAAUAGUUUAUUUUGGCUUAUUUGAGUCAUUUGCAAUAUUGCCUCGAACUUCACAUACAAGACAUGAAAACGAUUUGCUCGGUGGAAUGGAUUCUACUCUUGUGAGUGUAGUAGUAAAGGAAAGGGACAGUAGGUUUCUGAUUUCCUCUCCCUGUCACCAAGUCUAUAGCAUUCCUUUUGAUGCCAUCCUAAACCAUUCCUCGUACUUUGAGAUCACUGGCAACCCCUUGUUUCUUCCUGGCUGAAUGUGUGUUUGUGAAUUGUGUGAUGUGUUUGGAAAUGUGCUGCAUCAUUAAGUGGCGAGUUCUGCCAUAGAAAAUAUAUAUGGUACUGCAAGACCAGUUUGAGUUUGAAUCCCCAAUCACACUCUUCAAAGGGAGAUUAAGAUUGCAUUUGGCUGUUAGACGGGAAGUUAAAUCUGGGUAAUAUAGUAUUUACUAUUUAAAAUGACUGUUUAUACUGUACAUUUCAGAGUAUAUUAUAUUAACAGUGAUACAAGAUAUAUUAUAUGUGUCAUAUAAUAUAAGAAUACAACCAUAGGUAUACAGAUAUAGAAUUAUAAAUACGAUAUACAGAUAUUCUAUAGUAUAGCAUGUACUUAAUUGUACAUUAUCAUAGGAGAGGCUGUAGAGGGAAUGGGACAUAGAAACAUAACAAACAGAAUAAUUGCUGAAAAGUGAGUAUGAGUGGAAUGUGCAGGGUGGGACUAUACCUCCUCUCUGCACUCAGCCUCAGCUUCUUGAGAGCCUUAUCUGGCAAGAGCCUGUCACUGGGGAGCCUGCUCAGCUGUUUGAAAGCCAAUAUUGAAAACUUUUUUGUUAAAGCAAGUGUGUAUAUGAGUCCGGUCCUGUAUGUGUGGGUGUUAUCCGGAAUAUAGAUACAUUUCUUCUGGUGCUAGAACGUGUGUUUAUAUUCUAUCACACAGGGAAUAAGAAUAGUGUAUUCAUUGAAAAUAUAUGCCGGUUACUGUUUCAGUCCCCUAUACCCCCAUCUUUAGUAAGAGGAAUCCACCAUAUAAAGGAUUUGAUGAUGAGGAAUGUGAUACUUUGUGCUGAAAGUAUUUAUACCGAUGAUUACGGUGCAGAGGAGUAUGAUUGACAUCCACAACACAUAAUAGCAAUGUUCCAAUCUGAUGAUCCAGUGAUGAGUUUCAAAGAUGAGGGACCCGUCCAUGACCAACACAAACCUAUGGUCUCCUUAGAAACAAAGGUGAGGGACCCGUCCAUGACCAACACAAACCUAUGGUCUCCUUAGAAACAAAGGUGAGGGGCCCAUCCAUGACCAACACAAACCUAUGGUCUCCUUAGAAACAAAGGUGAGGGGCCCGUCCAUGACCAACACAAACCUAUGGUCUCCUUAGAAACAAAGGUGAGGGGCCCGUCCAUGACCAACACAAACCUAUGGUCUCCUUAGAAACAAAGGUGAGGGGCCCGUCCAUGACCAACACAAACCUAUGGUCUCCUUUUGAUUUGUUUAACACUUUAUUGGUUACUACAUGAUUCCAAAGUAGGUAGUAGGAGUAGGUGUGCCCAAACUUUUGACUGGUACUGUAUAUAUUUCAUCCUCUCGCCUUUUUAUAUACACACAUGUUGAAGUCGGAAGUUUACAUACAUUUAAACUCAGUUUUUCACAACCUGACAAUUAAUCCUAGUGAGAAUUGCCUGUCUUAGGUCAGUUAGGAUCACCACUUUAUUUUAAGAAUGUGAAAUGUCAGAAUAAUAGUAGAGAAUUAUUUAUUUCAGCUUUUAUUUCUUAUUUCACAUUCCCAGUGGGUCAGAAGUUUACAUACACUCAAUUAGUAUUUGGUAGCGUUGCCUUUAAAUUGUUUAACUUGGGUCAAACGUUUCAGGUAGCCUUCCACAAGCUUCCCACAAUAGUUUGGCAGAGCUGGUGUAACGGAGUCAGGUUUGUUGGCCUCCUUGCUCGCAUACACUUUUUCAGUUCUGCCCACAAAUUGUACUGUAUAUAGGCUUGAGGUCAGGGCUUUGUGAUGGCCACUCCAAUACCUUGACUUUGUUGUCCUUAAGCCAUUUUGCCGCAACUUUGGAAGUAUGCUUGCGGUCAUUGUCCAUUUGGAAUUCCCAUUUGCGACCAAGCUUUAACUUCCUGACUGAUGUCUUGAGAUGUUGCUUCAAUAUAUAUCCACAUAAUUUUCUACCUCAUGAUGCCAUCUAUUUUGUGAAGUGCACCAGUCCCUCCUGCAGCAAAGCACCCCCACAACAUGAUGCUGCCACCCUGUGCUUCAUGGUUGGGAUGGUGUUCUUCGGCUUGCAAGCCUCCCCCUUUUUCCUCUUUUGUACCUGUUUCCUCCAGCAUCGUCACAAGGUCCUUUGCUGUUGUUUUGGGAUUGAUUUGUACUUUUCACACCAAAAUAAAUUAAUCUCUAGGAGACAAAACUUUUCUCCUUCAUGAGCGGUAUGACGGCUGCGUGGUCCCAUGGUGUUUAUACUUGCGUACUAAUGUUUGUACAGAUGAACGUGGUAUCUUCAGGCAUUUGGAAAUUGCUCCCAAGGAUGAAUCAGACUUGUGGAGGUCAAUUAGCCUAUCAGAAGCUUCUAUAGUUAUGACUUAAUUUUCUUGAAUUUUCCAAGCUGUUUAAAGGCACAGUCAACUUAGUGUAUGUAAAGUUCUGACCCACUGGAAUUGUGAUACAGUGUAUUAUAAGUGAAAUUAUCUGUCUGUGAACAAUUGUUGGAAAAAUCACUUGUGUCAUGCACAAAGUAGAUGUCCUAACCGACUUGCCAAAACUAUAGUUUGUUAACAAGAAAUUUGUGGAGUGGUUGAAAAAUGAGUUUUAAUGACUUUUAACAACCUAAGUCUAUGUAAACUUCUGACUUCAACUGUGUAUAUGAAGAUAUGAAAAAUAUAAAUAUUGAUUUAAAGUAUGUGUAUACAGUGGGGCAAAAAAGUAUUUAGUCAGCCAACAAUUGUGCAAGUUCUCCCACUUACAAAGAUGAGAGAGGCCUGUAAUUGUCAUCAUAGGUACACUUCAACUAUGACAGACAAAAUGAGAAAAAGAAAUCCAGAAAAUCACAUUGUAGGAUUUUUUAUGAAUUUAUUUGCAAAUUAUGGUGGAAAAUAAGUAUUUGGUCACCUACAAACAAGCAAGAUUUCUGGCUCUCACAGACCUGUAACUUCUUCUUUAAGAGGCUGCUCUGUCCUCCACUAGUUACCUGUAUUAAUGGCACCUGUUUGAACUUGUUAUUAGUAUAAAAGACACCUGUCCACAACCUCAAACAGUCACACUCCAAACUCCACUAUGACCAAGACCAAAGAGGACACCAGAAACCAGAAACAAAAUUGUAGACCUGCACCAGGCUGGGAAGACUGAAUCUGCAAUAGGAAAGCAGUUUGGUUUGAAGAAAUCAACUGUGGGAGCAAUUAAUAGGAAAUGGAAGACAUACAAGACCACUGAUAAUCUCCCUCGAUCUGGGGCUCCACGCAAGAUCUCACCCGUGGGGUCAAAAUGAUCACAAGAACGGUGAGCAAAAAUCCCCGAACCACACGGGGGGACCUAGUGAAUGACCUGCAGAGAGCUGGGACCAAAGUAACAAAGCCUACCAUCAGUAACACACUACGCCGCCAGGGACUCAAAUCCUGCAGUGCCAGACGUGUCCCCCUGUUUAAGCCAGAACAUGUCAAGACCCGUCUGAAGUUUGCUAGAGAGCAUUUGGAUGAGCCAGAAGAAGAUUGGGAGAAUGUCAUAUGGUCAGAUGAAACCAAAAUAUAACUUUUUGGUAAAAACUCAACUCAUCAUGUUUGGAGGACAAAGAAUGCUGAGUUGCAUCCAAAGAACACCAUACCUACUGUGAAGCAUGGGGGUGGAAACAUCAUGCUUUGGGGCUGUUUAUCUGCAAAGGGACCAGGACAACUGAUCCGUAAAGGAAAGAAUGAAUGGGGCCAUGUAUCGUGAGAUUUUGAGUGAAAACCUCCUUCCAUCAAUCAGCAAGGGCAUUGAAGAUGAAACGUGGCCGGGUCUUUCAGCAUGACAAUGAUCCCAAACACACCGCCCGGGCAAUGAAGGAGUUGCUUCGUAAGAAGCAUUUCAAGGUCCUGGAGUGGCCUAAGCCAGUCUCCAGAUCUAGAAAAUCUUUGGAGGGAGUUGAAAGUCCAUGUUACUCAGCAACAGCCCCAAAACAUCACUGCUCUAGAGGAGAUCUGCAUGGAGGAAUGGGCCAAAAUACCAGCAACAGUGUGUGAAAACCUUGUGAAGACUUACAGAAAACAUUUGACCUCUGUCAUUGCCAACAAAGGGUAUAUAACAAAGUAUUGAGAAACUUUUGUUAUUGACCAAAUACUUAUUUUCCACCAUAAUUUGAAAAUAAAUCAAUUAAAAAUCCAACAAUGUGAUUUUCUGGAUUUUUGUUUGUCAUUUUGUCUGUCAUAGUUGAAGUGUACCUAUGAUGAAAAUUACAGGCCUCUCUCGUCUUGUGAAGUGGGAGUACUUUCACAAUUGGUGGCUGACUAAAUACCUUUUUGCCCCACUGUAUAUAUACACAGUGAAGGAAAAAAGUAUUUGAACCCCUGCUGAUUUUGUACGUUUGCCCACUGACAAAGAAAUGAUCAGUCUAUAACAGUGAGAGAGAUAGAAUAACAACAACAAAAACAGAAAAACGCAUGUCAAAAAUGUUAUAAAUUGAUUUGCAUUUUAAUGAGGGAAAUAAGUAUUUGACCCCCUCUCAAUCAGAAAGAUUUGUGGCUACCAGGUGUCUUUUAUACAGGUAACGAGAUUAGAUUAGGAGCACACUCUUAAAGGGAGUGCUCCUAAUCUCAGUUUGUUACCUGUAUAAAAGACACCUGUCCACAGAAACAAUCAAUCAGAUUCCAAACUCUCCACCAUGGCCAAGACCAAAGAGCUCUUCAAGGAUGUCAGGGACAAGAUUGUAGACCUACACAAGGCUGGAAUGGGCUACAAGAACAUCACCAAGCAGUUUGGUGAGAAGGUGACAACAGUUGGUGCGAUUAUUCGCAAAUGGAAGAAACACAAAAGAACUGUCAAUCUACCUCGGCCUGGGGCUCCAUGCAAGAUCUCACCUCGUGGAGUUGCAAUGAUCAUGAGAACGGUGAGGAAUCAGCCCAGAACUACAUCUUGUCAAUGGAGGAUCUUGUCAAUGAUCUCAAGGCAGCUGGGACCAUAGUCACCAACAAAACAAUUGGAAACACACUACGCCGUGAAGGACUGAAAUCCUGCAGCGCCCGCAAGGAAUCCCCCUACUCAAGAAAGCACAUAUACAUGCCCGUCUAAAGUUUGCCAAUGAACAUCUGAAUGAUUCAGAGGAAAACUGGGUGAAAGUGUUGUGGUCAGAUGAGACCAAAAUGGAUCUUUUUGACAUCAACUCAACUCGCCGUGUUUGGAGGUUGCCUAAUGUUGCCUAUGACCCCAAGAACACCAUCCCCACCGUCAAACAUGGAGGUGGAAACAUUAUACUUUGGGCGGGGUUUUCUGCUAAGGGGACAGGACAACUUCACCGCAUCAAAGGGACGAUGGACGGGACCAUGUACCGUCAAAUCUUGGGUGAGGGAGGACCUCCUUCCCUCAGCCAGGGCAUUUGAAAAUGGGUCGUGGAUGGGUAUUCCAGCAUGACAAUGACCCAAAACACACGGCCAAGACAACAAAGGAGUGACUCAAGAAGAAGCACAUUUUGGUCCUGGAGUGGCCUAGCCAGUCUGUGGAGGGAGCUGGAGGUUCGAGUUGCCAAACGUCAGCCUCCAAACCUUAAUGACUUGGAGAAGAUCUGAAAAGAGUAGUGGGACAAAGUCCCUCCUGAGAUGUGUGCAAACCUGGUGGCCAACUACAAGAAACAUCUGACCUCUGUGAUUGCCAACAAGGGUUUUGCCACCAAGUACUAAGUCAUGUUUUGCAGAGGGGUCAAAUACUUAUUUCCCUCAUUAAAAUGCAAAUCAAUUUAUAACAUUUUUGACAUGCGUCUUUCUGGAUUUUUUGUUGUUAUUCUGUCUCUCACUGUUCAAAUAAACCUACCAUUAAAAAUUAUAGACGGAUCAUUUCUUUGUCAGUGGGCAAACGUACAAAAUCAGCAGGGGAUCAAAUACUCACAAGCUUUAUACAGUACAGUAAUUGUAAUAGCAGUGACAUUGUUUGAAGGUUAAAUCUAUUUUAGAGGAAUGUUAGAUUAAAAGUGCCGAGUCAUCAGCCUAGAGCUUAAUGAUACAGUAUGUCUAAACAGAAAGUGCUGCAUCACAGUGCGCAGCAAGUCUCCACUAGUCCACAAGCUUGACCAGGAGAGCUAUUAUAAGGGAUGUUUUUAUGAUUGUCAAUUGGUAAGUAAAACGAGGACCACCAUCCCUCGAGGCAAAAACCAGUUGAGUCAACAUAGUUUCUUAGUUAUUCCAACCUUACAUACAGUACAGAGUAUAUUCCCCAGUGGAGAAUACUAAUAUUAUCCUCUGAAAGUAAUACAGUUCACCCAAUGCUUACUAGACAGUUCCAGAACAAAAAGUUUGAAUUUCUAAACGAUAAAACAAAGUGCAAUUACAGUAUUUAUGAACAGAGAAUCCUCAAAGAUUAAGAGGGUCCCAUGUUUUUUACUGUUUAUACUGAUGUUUUUUUGCUUUUGUCUUAAUUCUGCCUGUAGUGAUGCAACAAACGCUAAUCAUGCCAUAUUAUUUUGAGGAAUUCAAAAAAUAUAUAAUAUAGACAAAAUUGCAUUUACAUUAUUGAAAGCUGUUCUUACCAUUUGGAUGUGCUGAAGUGAAUGGCCAGUUCUGUGUCUAUCUGGACGUUUGUCGGUGGUGAUAAUGUGCUGUUCUGUGGCUGUUCUGUUCAUGAGUAAUGGGUUGUACAUAUUGAUUGAAAACACAACUUUAUUAACAUCCGAAAAUCCUGUCUAUCAAGGGCAGUAGUUGGUGAGAGAGAUUCCACAGAAUAUUUCCACUGUUACAGUUUUUUUAAACAUGCCCUUUGAGUUACUGUAAGAUAAAAACAUAUUUUUUCAAUGAAUAGGAGGAAUGUACUAGUGACUAUUUGGACUGUUUGCCUCAGGUUGUUUUAAGGGGGAAUUCUCUGUGUUGUGGAUGUAGUUUUAACAGGGUGGACAUGUGUUUGGCCGUGAUGUGAACAGGCUUGGGGAUUAUGACUAGACAUUGUUCUAUGUGUGAAAAUCAGCAGCAUGAUUUUUCAUCAUGCUUGUGAAAUUUGUCUUAUCUUUGGUCCUAUUUACCUGUGCUUGUCAUAUUUAUUUUUAUAUGUGAAAAGAAAAAAGAGCCUUGCAAUGCAGAUAGAAUUAUUCCGUUUUGCCCUAUGAUCCGUUUAUCAGUCCACAGUUCUUGUAUUGCAUUUUGCUCCUACUUUCAUCCUGUCAAUCAACUAUUCACUCAGCAGAGUCAAAUAAAUAUGAUGGAGGCUACUGUACAUCUAAGCAUGACUUAAUAAUUGCCAAACUGAAUUACUAUUAUAGCAUCUAACUUCAAGCUUUUUUGCCUAAUGAGUCAAGACAGAAUGACACUGAAUGGAUGACUUUUUAUUUUUGUCUGUAAACAUGGACUGUUAUUCUCUGAGGAUAACCUUUAUAUCGGCAUAAAUCAAUCCAAUUAUCCAUCAGAUGAACAAAUCCUCCUGAUUUAUAUUAGGCAAAACAAAGAUACAUUGGCCAAUCAGGCAAGCCUGAAAAAGUGUGAGAUAUAACACACCUGGUUUGCCUGUAUGAACAUUUGCAAAGGAUGACACAGUGGUGCAUGCAGCUAUUGUUUGGUAAGCAAGUACAUCUUCAUGAAUGUGUUUGCAUAGUUCUGUUCAAAUAAUACAUUUAUACAAGGGGGCCAAAAUAAAAGGGAAGGUUUGAUGAUCCAGAGACAUUGUUUUUAGAUAUAAAAAGGCCCUAAUGUACAUGUCAACUGCGGUGACAUUGGGGACACUGAAAUAAGACAUACCCUCUCCCAGUCAGAGCAGAACACUUGCUGUGGACAGGUACUGUAAGAUUGGAAACAAUCCUCGUCAGAAUGUUAAAACUAUUAAAAACAUUUUUUUUGUA